UCUGACUCUGCUCGCGCGUCGAGCAGUGAGGGAUGUGGCGUAUCCUCCAGGCUCGCCCGGCAGACGCUCAGUCCUCCAGUCGGAAUCCCGCAGCCUCAUCAUGGUCCUCAACAUCCCCGGCUUGGCCGUCAUGGUGUUCUUCUACCUGCUGGUCCUCGGCAUCGGCAUCUGGGCUUCUUUCAAGUCCAAAAGGGAAGCCAAGAAGUGCGACGGGGAUAAGACCGACAUGGCGCUGCUUGGCAACCGGGGCAUCAGCCUGGUUGUCGGCAUCUUCACCAUGACAGCGACGUGGGUUGGAGGUGGAUUCAUCGUGGGCACCGCGGAGGCGGUCUACAACCCCUCCAUGGGACUGAUCUGGGCCGUGAUGCCCAUCGCGGCCACCAUGUGCUUCAUCAUCGGUGGCCUAUUCUUCGCCGAGCCGAUGAGAAACAGUAAAUACGUCACCAUGAUGGAUCCAUUCCAGAUCAAAUAUGGAAAAGUACCGACGGCCGCUCUGUCUCUGGCGUCGCUCGCAUCAGAGAUCAUGUGGGUAACAGGAACACUCAUAGGAUUAGGUGUAACGAUGAGCGUGAUCCUGAAUUUGUCCUACACCGUGAGCAUCUGGAUUUCGGCUGCUGUGGCCAUCACCUACACCCUGAUGGGAGGCCUCUACUCUGUGGCCUACACGGACAUCAUACAGCUCAUUCUCAUUUUCAUCAGCUUGUGGCUGUGUGUUCCCUUCGCUAUGAUGGGCCCCGCCGUGGUGGACAUCACCGAGACGGCCUACAACUCCACCUUCCACUCUCCGUGGGUCGGAACCCUGGAGGCCAACCGGGCCUGGAUGUGGAUCGAUAACUUUCUACUCCUGGGUUUAGGGAACUUGGGUCUUCAGAACUUCCACCAGAGGACGCUGUCGGCCGCCUCCUCGUCCACGGCCAAGAUCACCUGCUUCGUCGCCGCGUUCAUCGUCCCCAUGUUGGGCAUCCCCCCCAUCCUGAUCGGUGCAGUGGCGGCAUCUACAAACUGGAACUUGACCUCUUACGGUUCUCCGUCUCCGUACGACCGCGGGGAGGCGGGGCUCAUCCUGCCCCUCGUGCUGCAGCACCUCACCCCGACCUACAUCUCCAUCAUCGGCAUCGGGGCGGUGGCCGCCGCCGUCAUGUCGUCCACCGACUCCGCCCUGCUGUCCGCGGCCUCCAUCUUCACCGCCAACAUCUACAGGAACAUCCUGAGGCCCCAGGCGUCCGAGGGAGAGAUCCAGUGGGUGAUCCGGCUCUCCGUGGUGUUCGUGGGCCUGGCCGGCACGUCCCUCACCUUCCUGGACAACAGCGUGCUGAUGAUCUGGAUGCUGCGGUCCGACCUCACCUACACCCUCAUGCUGCCGCAGCUCGUCUGCGUCCUCUUCUUCAGCGUCUCCAACGGCUACGGCGCCGUGCUGGGCUGCGCGGUGGGCGUGGUGCUGCGGGUGCUGUGCGGCGAGCCGCUGAUCGGGCUGGAGCCCGUACUCAAGUUCCCAGGGUGCACUCUGGUGAACGGCGUCUACGUCCAGCGCUCCCCCAUCAGGACCAUUUGCAUGCUGUCCGCCUUUUCGUCGAUCCUGCUGUUCUCCUACCUGGCGGAGCUGAUCUUCACCAGAGACCUGAUCCCGGAGAAGUGGGAUGUUUUUAACGUGAAGGCGCAGUACUCGAAACAGUCACACGGCGACGCCGUGUCCGAAACCAAGGACGAGAAGUUGAAAGAACCCAAUGAGAACAGUGACGUGUGUGAACCUAUGAUAGAGUCCACGUGUUUAUAAGUAUGGAAAGCUCAUUUCAACACUUUUUUUUUUACAUUAUACAUCAGUGAGGACUGGAGUUAUUAACGAACGUUUGCAAUGUGUAAUGACAUCAUUUUAACAGUACAAUAUAUUUUGAUUUUUUGGUAUACUUUUAUAUACAACCUAAAUGGAAAGAAGAAGAAAAAAGCAUCACACCUAUGCUCUGCUGUUUUUAUAGGAGCUCAGCUAUAUUUUUUUAAUUGAUGGAUUAGUAGAGAACACAACGCUGGGCACACACAUGUAGACCCCCCUCCUCUCCCCUCCCCCACUACGAAACUAAAAUAAUCAUAGUUGUGUCAUAUUGGCGAUGCGCUGCUGUCGAGUUUAACUUUAAUUCAUUUUAAAGGACUGCUUAAGCCCCUUUCCAAACUACUACACCCCAAACUACCAGUGCACACGGUUUACGAGCAGACCAUUAAAGGACACCUGCUGUGAAGGCCAUAAUCUCCUUUCAGCAGAGCUGCGCAGCUGUCAGACACACACACUUUGAUGUGGGUUUAUUGUAGCCUCGUGUGUGUGUGUGUACUCGGCGGGUACUCGAUAUCAAAAAGACUCGGAUUGAGAUCGGGGGAGGGGGGGAGGGCGAAAUAAAACAUGCAGGAGCGAGAAGCCGCUACGUUGAAGUGAGCUUUUGGAACAAAGAGUAAUACAAAAAGUCACAGAUGAGAUGGAAGCGGAGGUUAAUUUGAAACGUUUAAAAUAAACAUUAUUUUCUUAACACAUGCACUUUAUAUAUAUUUUUUUAAAUCGUACUGGAACAUUAUUUCAGGUCCGUUGUCAAGCGGCGGUCCACCGGCGAUGUGACGUGUCUUUUUUUUUUACACCACAGCUGAUGUUUUAAAACACUACGCUGUCACACACACACACAGAAAAAAAACGAAAACAAAUGCAUCAACAAAAUGACUUCGACACGAAAGGGAAGUUUUUAAAGAGCCGAGAAUACAAAUCAAGCCAAACGCACUGAUUCCCCCCAGAGGACGACUUUCUUUUAAAAAGAAAAAAAAAGGCUUGCGUGGUCCUUUAUUUUUUUUUACGAAUGCAAAUAUGAGAAAAAAAACAGACGUAGGUUAACAAAUACUUUAAAUCCCUUUUUAAAAUCCCAUGGAAAGCAUUUUGAGGCGUGCCGGCCGAUCGUCGCUCCAGCUGAGUUUCACAUUGAAGUCGAUGAAUAAAAAAACAAAACACUGCAUGUGUGGUGAGAAACAAAUAUCAACAUAGAAUACUGUUUCUUUAGGGGGGGGGGGGGGAGAAGUUAACACCCUGCACGUGUUUGAAGUCCACACGACAUUUAUCUCUCCGGACCCCACGUGCGUCCUGUGAACUCUCGAGGACACGCACCAAAAUAACUCGACCCGGAAGUGUGUGUGUGGCAUGCCGCGGCUGCGACAGAUGUCCCUACACCCCCCCCCCCCCCCUCUCCAUCGAGGGGGGGGGGGUGUCGAACAUUUUGGGGAUGUGAAGGGACGGCGUGUCCGUUUUUUAUAACUGCAUUAAUAUAUUGAUUUGCUUCUGUGCACUGUAAACCCGAAUAAGUUAGUAGAACUCAAAAAAUUUGAGGCAAUAUAUUGCCUCAAAUUUUUUGAGUUAAUGAACUUUUUAAUUUGAUUUUGCAGAACUUAAAAAGUUUGAUGACUUGCUACUUGUACCUUUUGAUUACAGCUUAAAUUAAAGUGUUAAUUUAG